AUGUCUGAGGAAUCAUACAACCAGUUGUUAUGUUUAGUGACGCCUUUAAUACAAAAACAAGACACUGUAAUUUUGCAGUAUCCUACUUUAAUAUCCAAGCAAACUUUGGGAAGAAUUAUUCCAGAGACAUGCAGAGCUAUUUACGGGGCAUUGAAAAACGAAUACAUGAAGUUUCCUGGUAAUAUAGAAGAAAUGAAAAUGAUAGCUAAACAAUUUCAAAACAAGUGGCAGUUCCCCAAUUGCCUUGGAUCAGUAGAUGGUAAACACGUCAAAAUAGUUCCACCUCCUGGCGCUGGAUCCCAUUUCUUUAAUUAUAAAGGCUUUCAUAGUAUUGUUCUCAUGGCAAUUGUCGACGCAGAUUACCAAUUUAUAUAUGUUGAUGUCGGCAUUAUCGGCCGCGUUUCUGAUGGAGGAGUUUUAAAAACGACAGAGUUUUAUAAGCGUUUGAAUGAAGGUGCUUUAAAUAUACCACCACCGGAAAAACCAACACAGGACUCAGAUCCUUUACCAUUUGUGUACAUUGGUGAUGAAGCUUUCGCCUUAAGACCAGAUUUCUUGAAGCCAUAUCCACAACGAGAAUUGAGUGAUCAUGACAAGAGAAUCUAUAACUAUCGAGUGUGCAGAGCUCGGAGGAUAGUAGAAAAUGCGUUCGGUAUUUUAGCCGCAAGAUUUCAAAUAUUUCACAGUGCUAUCAACUUUCAAUCAGUCGAAGAUGUUAGUUUUGUGGUAUUGGCUUGUUGCACUCUGCAUAAUUAUUUAUGCAAAUCCAGGAGGGAUUAUAUCACUCCAGGUGACAGUGACACAGAAAAUCAUAUUACUGGUACAAUUCAAGAAGGUCUAAGCCCGGGUGGUAUUUUAGAGCCCAUAUCACAUAUAUGA